AUGGAAGCUGAAUUGGUCAGUAAGGAUUCAGAUGGGUAUGUAAGGAGUGGUUGGGCAUGCUUCAGGUUUUUGGCUAUGGAUAGAUUCAGUAUCAGGGGCAUUAUGAAGAAUGGUGUUAGUUUGGCAGAAAAAAUUAUUGGUAAGUUCGACAAGCAGAGAGUACAUGAACGGUAUGAAAAAGUCACAUCCAAGUUCAUCAAAGAUGCGUUGAACUACUUCCCAGUUAGAAGCAGAAUGCGAACGACUACUACACUGAUGAUACUAAGACUGAAGAAGCAGAGUAACAGCAUGAUAAUUGAUAAUGGGUUGAGACCCUUAAAUUUUCAAAGUUCUAAAAAGGAAAUAGAGAAUGAAGGGAAUAAGCCUCGGCAAGAACCAGGCGACCCCACCGACGAUGCAAGAACCAGGAGACCACCCUGGGGUAAACUAGGCAGACCUCCAAUUGUUUAUGAGCUCUGGAGAACAGUACUACUCACACCCUUUAAGCUCAUCACAGUGUUCUUGCAUGAAGCAAGUCAUGCAAUUGCUUGCAAACUCACAUGUGGUCAUGUGGAGGGAAUCCAAGUCCAUGCAAAUGAGGGUGGUGUCACACAAACGCGUGGUGGUGUAUACUGGUUGAUAUUACCUGCAGGAUAUCUUGGCUCAUCAUUCUGGGGAAUAACUUUGAUACUCGCAUCAACAAAUCUUCUCACUGCGAGAAUUGCUGCUGGUUGUUUAAUUGUUGCUCUAUUUGUGGUGCUCUGUAUUGCUAAAAACUGGACACUCCGUGGACUUUGUAUUGGAUUCAUCAUUUUCCUUGCUUUAAUUUGGGUUCUGCAAGAAAUGACAACAGUCCGUAUUCUCCGUUACGUUAUUCUCUUUAUAGGUGUGAUGAACAGCUUGUUUUCACUAUAUGAUAUCUAUGAUGAUUUAAUAUCUCGAAGAGUCAACUCCAGUGAUGCUGAGAAGUUUGCUGAAAUUUGUCCUUGUUGCAAUGGAGUUGGAUGGAGAGUCAUAUGGGGAAUGAUAUCAUUUACAUUUCUUUGUGGAUCAAUGUAUUUGGGACUUGUCAUCUUAUCAUGAGGAUUAGAGUCUUGGGUCCAAACUCAUCUUGGGGUUGCAGAGAACUCAUAUAUCUGUGUUUCAUUCCAAAUUUUGUAGCCUGAUUCAAUUGAUACUAAAAAAUAUAUAUGCCUUCAUUCUUUUAACCCUUUUUAUUGAGGGUUACAU